AUGAGUCUUGAGGAUGGGCAUCAAAGAUUUAAACAUACUCCCCGCAAUGUGACAUUGAGCGAUGGCAGCACUGUGAACAUUUCCACAGACGAAGGCGCUAAUGUUUUCUUGAGAGAUGAGAAUUCCGGGUGUGACGUGUUCAUUUCGUCAACUUUGAAGAAGAUCAAGAAGAUUUGCAACGAGAAACGCCUCAACUGCAAUGAAAAGGCUAUGCUUAAGGAGGGCUGGGCUUUUCUAUCCGCAUUCGCCAUACAUGCUGAUCGCGAUCUCUUCCGGGCGAAGAUUCCGAGAACUGAGAUUCAGUUUUGGUUGGAACAUAUCAUUGACGAUCUCAAGAAAUAA